UACAUGCUAGAACUGUAAGGGAUCCAGUCAUUAAUUAACGAGAAACGUGUCUCAGACUUCUGCAAAUACAUGCAUUUAUUUCAUUUUGUUAGCCUCCCCAAGUGACAAAAAGCUAACUGUAUAGAGAGUGACCUGGAUUCGAGGUGCGGCAGGUACCCGAUUUUUGCCGUAACAAGCCAAGACCUCUGAGCUCGGUACGGCUGCACGCUACUUUCCUGGCACAGAGCAGGGACGCCACUUCAAAAGCCACCUGUUAAUUUACGUGUCACUGGGGAGGGCCCCUCCUUUCCGAGCAGGAAAUACAGACUCGGUGCAGACGUGGCCAUGUAGAAACAGUGAGUUCGAGAGCCGGCAGAAGCUGCUUGCUUACGCCAAGGAGGAAGUAAGCAGCGACAAGAACAAGUUGUGACGACCUCUCGCUGCAGUACACCCUGAAGUCGGCCCGUUGCUGUGCCGUCCCGUGCCUACGGAAGUGGCAGUCCGUACCUUCCAAGUACCGGAAUCCAAGGCUUUGCCAAAAGCCAUGCCGCAUGGAAUCCGCUUAACAAAACUCAGUCUCUACGUGCCCAUUGUCGCUGCCUUCGUGCUCAUGUACUACGGCUACUGGAAGAUGUGGGCAGUUUACUCCCCAGCGGUCGGGAGAGACGGCUCGGUACACCUGCGGGAUCUGCUGGCAGUGGCAGUGAGAGCCGCCGAGGCGGGCGGCGACGCUGUGCGGGAAGUGCGGGACUCAUCCACGCUUAAUGCCAAGUCUAAGGGGAAGACAAGGGAAGGUGCCCAGGAGCUGUAUACGGAAGGAGACCUGCGUUCCCAUCGCAGAAUGACCAGUCUCUUCGGCAACACAUUCCCUAACGUCAAGGUAAUUUCUGAGGAGCACGAUGAUGCCAAGCUAGACACAUCUCAGUUGUGGGACUAUACCAUUCCAGAAGAAAUCCAAGAAAAAAUCAAAAGCAUUGAAACUGUACCUGAACAGAGUAUCACUGUAUGGAUUGACCCACUUGAUGCAACUCAAGAGUAUUCAGAGCGCCUUGAUCAUUUCGUUACCACAAUGGUAUGUGUGGCUGUGAAUGGCAAACCAACAAUUGGAGUUAUCCACAAACCCUUCUCCAAGUUUACAGUCUGGGCUGUGGUGGGACAAGCUUCAAAUGUAAAGCCACGUGCAUCAUACAAUGAGAAUGAUCCAACAAUAAUUGUUUCCAGAUCACAUUCAGGCACAGUGCAGUCUUACACCAAGAAGGCCUUUGGGAAAAAUACAAACAUCAUUCCAGCUGGUGGAGCAGGAUAUAAGGUGCUGUCCCUCUUGGAUCUUGGCAAAGAUAAGCAGCCCGAUAUGGCAGACAUUUACAUGCAUGUGACUUUCAUCAAAAAAUGGGAUAUCUGUGCAGGCAAUGCCAUACUGGAAGCACUAGGGGGGCAUCUGACAACUCUCAAUGGAGACAACAUUGAUUACAGAGAUUCUCCCUCUAACGAAGGUGGGCUUAUAGCCAGCAUUGGGGUAGACCAUCAAAAGUUGUUGGCGAAGCUGCCUGAGCGUGAAUCUCUUGGAUUGAAACAGAAGUAGUGCUUGGACUUUACAGAGCAUGAAUGAGUAUUCCAUUCCACACUGAACUAUCUCAGGAAUGGAGCAGGCAGGACCUUGCUUCACAUUAUGAGUGAAAUGCAUCAUGUUGACAUUGUUUAUUGACUGCAGUACAUUUUUUUUAAUUCUUUUGUAAAUGGGUGGGUGCCAGCGUGUAAAAAAAAUCACAUGGGAUCUGAAAAGAUAAAUUUGUUUCUACUGGACACAGUGAAAUAUAAAUUAUUUUUAAUAUA